ACGACAUGCUCGACAUAUGCCAUCAUAACAAAGUUAGAGGGGUUUUCCUUAAAAAUUUACAUAAAAUGUACCUUAUACAGCAUUUCAUGAAAGGUUUUAGAGUUGUUAUUGAUACUAAUUGUUCAGUGUGUCCUGGAACUCUUAUCGCGUAUUUUUGGCUACGAAAAUAUGGAAGGAUGUGCCCGUUUACGGCAGGUGUGACGUCAUGGUUUAAAUGAGUCGCGCGCGCUGUACCUGGCCCAUCGAAAGCAUGGCUCACCGGAGGCGACGACGACCACAUUUAAACCCAGACCCCAGUGACAGUGGCAAAACGAGCAACAUGGAGCAGCUCGCCUUCAAAUACAAGGAGAUGUGUAAAGUGGAGUCCAGUACUGAUUCUGACUCUGAGAUUAGUCCAAGAUGGUCAGACACCAGCACUAUGGAAUGUGUGAGCAGCGCCCCAGAAAGUGGCAGCUUAAGACGGACGUUGCCACUGGUGCACGACCCUGCAGGACGCCAGGGAUGUUACUCUUUGUUUUUGGAUCCGUAUGACGGGAGCUCUGAGGAUUCUGACGACAUUAACAUGGACCCCAGUGCCCCGAGCAGGCGAACCAGGCAGCACGGGGCUCGCUUCCAACGUCGGAGCAGGCGUUUUAUCCUUCACCCUCCUCAUUCCACUGCCUUUAGACCAAUGGUGGAACCCACAGAGAGAGUGAGGGAACAGGGGCGUCAUCUUGUGGAUGUGCACAUGAAGUGUGUGGACGACUCUGAGGUUUGGCUGUGCGAGCUGACCGAGGAUCUGACCGGCAGCCAAGCGGCAGCGGCGGGCAUCCAAGUGCACUGCCGACUCCACCGUGACACCCGGUUGCCCGAGAGCUCCUCGGAAAGACCGGCCAACCCGUGUAACGUCCGGGUGGUGCUCAAGAGGAAGCUGGCUGUGCCCGUGGCUGAUGGACUGGAGCAAAAAAAGAAGCAGCGUGUGGUCCACAUGGCGGAAGAUGAAGAGGGAGGAGGUGAUUCUGCAUCAGAAGCAUGCGAGAGCCCGGUCAAGUGACUUUGCAAUGCACUUUGUUUACUGCACUCUUUAUUACUUGUUCUACCUCAAGUGUUACCAGUUACAAAAAAAUAUUUUUUUUGUUGGAUUUCAAAGUUGACUCCAGUGACCCCUCAUUAUUCGCGGUCAAGAAGGGCUGAGCCCUUCCACGAAUAAUCAACAGCCACCCAAAACGUUUGCCUAUAAAUUCCACAAGAUGGCGGCAAAGCACUUUGUUUUUUUUCCUCUUGCACAAGGCAAUGGCCUGACUCAAUGAAGCUCCUCCCUUCAGUUCAAAAAGAUAUACAGCAGUUGCUUGGCACCAAAGCAAUAUUUUAAAUUACAAAUGGCAUUGGCCUGAGUGCAAAAACGGCAUAUAACGGAUGGUCCCCCCCCCCCCUCCCUGUCAUUUAAAAAAAACAAAAUGCAAAUAUGUGGGGGUUCACUGUAUAUUUUCUUUUACAUUUUAUUUGUAAUAAUUUCUGUAAGUGUACAUGGAGAAUGGAAGCUCAGAUUUAUUUAAAAUUAUACAUGGCAUUGGUAAUGUAUAAUUAGAAAUGUUUUCUUGGUUCUAUGUUGUUUUGAAUCUGUUGAGGAGGUCAAACAGUACAACAAAAUAAAUUCAAGUUCUCAAUGAUAUUCAUUUUAAAUUUUGAUUAGAGCAGAAGCUGGGCAAACAUUUGUGCUCCAAGGGCCCCAUAUGAUUUUUCAAAAUGGACAGCAGGGCCAGUCAUUUGUAGAUCAAGUAUUUAAAAAAAAAAAAAAAUUGUAAAACAACGCAUUCUCUUUAAUUAAACCAAAACAGUUUAAAAUAUAUACUUAAAUUUGCAAAUUUUUGUACUUACAAAAAACUGUUUACCAAUUAAGUUAAUAUUCAAAGUGGCUAAACUAAUGCAACAAAUAUUACAGGACUCAAUAGUGGCUUUUGUUACCAAGGUGACUACAAAGGCGGAGCUAAAGCAUCACUGGAAAAUGGAGGCUCUUCACCUAGCCUGCCUGCUAAGCCAUGCGCAGAGACUCAGGGUGGGGCAGUAUCAUGUAAAUUAUGUCAUCAUUCCUCCCAGACACAUUUUCAGAACAAGGUUUAGCUGCCAGGAUUUUUAUUUUUUAAAUCACACUUGAUGGGUGUGCAGGCCCUCCAAACACCAAGCUAUUUGUAUA